CUUCGCUCUCUCAUUCGGCGUUUUUCUUCGUGACUGUGUGGACGUUCUCACUUGUACGGCUAAAUCUCCAGCAAUCCAGCGACUUUCCUAGCAAAGCUACUAAGAGGAAGCGGCAGUUUGCACAAAUUUAUAAAAUUUGCCAGUUGUUGACCAUAACUACGUGUUGAUCUUCGAGUCGUGUUUUUGGCGCACAUACCAAAAAACCAGCAACUAAACGUGUUUCGCGCUUCGCUUUUCGAAAAGUAAAACACCAACAGUAAUUCAAAAUGGCUGAUGUGGCUGAGCAAAAGAACGAGACUCCCGUCGUCGAGAAGGUCGCAGUUGAGGAAGUCGAUGCUGUGAAGAAGGACGCCGUUGCCACCGAGGAGGCAGCAGCUGAGAAGCCAACCACCACAGAGAACGGUGCCGCCGAAGAGGAGAGCGCCGCCAAGGAGAACGGAGCUCCGGCCGCCGACAGCGCGGCAGCCGCCGAUGCCGUCGACGGAGAGAAGGAGAAGGCGACCGCCGAGGCCGCUGCUCCCGCCGCCGAGGAUGAGAAGGAGGAGAAGAAGGACGAGGACAAGAAGGAGGAGUCCGCCGUCGAUGGCGAGGAGGCCAAGAAGGAGAGCAGCGAAGCAACCCCAGCUGCUGUUGAGAACGGCGCCGAGGAGGCCGCCAACGGUGACUCAACAGAUGCUCCCGUCGUCGAGGCUGUGAAGCGGAAGGUGGACGAGGCCGCCGCAAAGGCCGAUGAGGCCGUCGCCACGCCGGAGAAGAAGGCGAAGCUGGACGAGGCCAGCACAAAGGACGAGGUGCAGAACGGGGCCGAGGCUAGCGAAGUGGCCGCCUAAGGGAAUCGCCCGCGGAGCAGCACACUCAGUAAUCUACUUAUAAAAUACUUACUAACACAACAACAAACAAACGCAAAUCACACAAAUUACGGUUCUACCGCCAGCGACGCGCACCGAACCACCCAACGUCCGCACGUGUGAGCGGGUGAUGAUGCGUGGGUGGGGGGCUGCGUGGGCGGGCGGGCGCAAUUCUCCAAUAACAAUCCUGCAAUGGGAGCGUAGUCUUAAAGCGUACCGAUCGAUUCUCUCUGUCUCUACUAACAAACAACCAACAACCAACCAACAACAAACAAACGAGAAACAACAAAAAUCCAUUAUCAUUUAAAAACUUACUUAAAAACUUAACUUUAAAGCAAAGUAUAUAUUUAAAGCGAAAGAUUAAGAGAAAAAAGAGUAAGCGAAAUUAAGAUGCGAGACCCUCUAUGUUUUAAGAUUAAAAGUUGUAAACAAAAAGCGUCAAAUUUAAUACUUGUAAUAAUAAAUACGAAGCGAAUGAAAAAAAUUGCAAA